GGCAUCUCCUUUUUCACCCGAUUAAAUUCCCCUAAGCGCAGGCUACUGUGAAGGAAAUAUUUUCUUGAAGUAAGAAUUUCCCGGCGAAAUGGCGAAGACGGCGUCAUUCAUUUUAUGUACCUUCCUUCUACUAGGAACCCUAACUCUCAUCCAGGCGAAGAAGUCGAAGGAGAAUCUGAAAGAAGUGACUCACAAAGUUUACUUCGAUGUGGAAAUUGACGGAAAGGCUGCUGGUCGUAUUGAGAUGGGUCUUUUUGGGAAGGCUGUUCCUAAAACCGCUGAAAAUUUCCGAGCAUUAUGCACCGGGGAGAAGGGUGUUGGGCAGAGCGGAAAACCUCUACACUACAAGGGUAGUGCAUUCCACAGGAUUAUUCCCAGCUUCAUGAUCCAAGGAGGAGACUUUACUCUCGGCGAUGGAAGAGGUGGAGAAUCAAUCUAUGGAGAGAAGUUCGCUGACGAGAAUUUCAAGCUGAAGCACACUGGCCCAGGCCUUCUGUCUAUGGCAAACGCCGGUCCAGACACAAAUGGUUCACAAUUUUUCAUCACUACAGUGACAACUAGCUGGUUGGAUGGUAGACACGUUGUCUUUGGAAAGGUGCUGUCUGGAAUGGACGUGGUUUAUAAAAUCGAAGCUGAGGGAAGGCAAAACGGAACACCUAAGAGCAAAGUUGUGAUUGCAGACAGCGGCGAGCUCCCUCUAUGAUUGACAGGUCCUCUUUUUUCUAUCUAAGCAUUACGUAGUACGCCCAUAUAUUAUCAGCCACUCCUCCACUCUGUUUUUCUUUUAUGUGCUGUUUAUGGUAGAAUUGGUGGUGCACAACGGAUCUCUUAAUUUAUAGCGGUGGUUUUCAUUUUCUUCCAUUUUAGUAAUGUUUGAUUCUCCCAAUUUUACAUCAUUUGGCAAGUAGGGAAUGAAUCUGGUCUGUUAACAUAAUCUUCUAAACCUUUAUAGUUUUUUUGAAGCAUCAAAUGUAGAAACUUUUCGCCCCCAAUUGGGGGUGAAACUUUCCAA